GCAAGAAGAAAAAAUUUCAGAACGCAAAAAUUCUAAUGUACAAUAAAUUUUAGAUAUGAAAUUCCAAUUUAAAUGGCUUUGUGUGACCCUCGCCUCGACACUGAUUUUGUGGCAAUUUUUUCGCAGCGGCGAUAGCAGUGUUCGAAAAGAUGUUUCACUCAAACAAAUUCCCACAAUUGCGGUUGUCAUAUGCGGCGAUCGGAUGCAAGAAGCACUCAACAUGCUCAAAUCUGCCCUUAUCUUUAAUCGACACAACAAUGAGCCCGUUCACUUUGUUAUUGUCACGGAAAACCAAUUGAUGGCUGGCUUUCGGGAGAAACUGAAUGACUGGAAAUCGGAUUUUAAGUUGAAUUUCGACUAUGAAAUUCAUCCGUUGCAGUUUCCUGACACGAAUAAGCAUGAAUGGAAGAAACUUUUCAAGCCCUGUGCCGCACAACGUCUCUUUUUGCCAAAUCUCCUAAGUCAUAUUGACUCUGUGUUGUAUUUAGACUCGGAUACGCUCUUCCUGUCGCCCGUGAAUGAAGUUUGGAGCUUCUUUGAUCACUUCAAUGCCUCCCAAAUUGCGGGUCUUGCUCCCGAACACGAAGAUAAAAACGCCGGAUGGUACAAUCGCUUCAGCAGGCAUCCAUACUACCCCCCUCUCGGCGUCAAUUCGGGCGUCAUGUUGAUGAAUCUCACGCGAAUGCGUCAAUUCAACUGGACCGAACGCAUUUUGCCGAUUUACGAAAAGUACAAACUGAAACUCGUGUGGGGCGAUCAAGAUAUCAUCAAUAUUCUCUUCCAUUUCCAUCCGGAAAAGCUCUUUAUCUUCUCGUGCGCCUACAAUUAUCGCGCCGAUCACUGCAUGUACAUGUCCGUGUGCAAUACGACGGCAGUUAAAGUCGUUCAUGGCAGUCGCGGAUACUUCCAUUCACUGGCGCAGCCCAUUUUCAACUACGUUUAUACGGCAAUCGAGGAAUAUCACUUCGAUUCGGAGCCCCGUAGCAUCAUAAAAGCCAUCGAGACGAACCUUGCCAUUCCCGAUCGGAACACAAACUGUGAUAAAUUGGCAGACAAGUUUUUGUACAACAUGAAACGCUUCUUCAGGAGUGACAAUGAUAACUUAAUUGUGCCAUCGCAAGACACAUUGUAUACAACAUAAGAUUUUAACUGCCCUCCCUUGACUAAAAAUUGGACUUUUUUAAGGAAUUUAGUGAUAAGAAAGACGAAAAAACGAAGUAUUUAUUUUUUUUUAGUUUUUAUUGUUUGAUUCUGUUUUUAUAUAGGCAUAUUUUUAUCUUUUAGGUACUAUACAUAUCUAUAUAAAAUUAUUAUUAUCAUAAAUAAAAUCAGAAUCUGUAUCUCCGAACAACGUUUUGUUUGUUUUUUCUUGAC